CUACCGAGCGCAUCCUCUACAUAUAAAAAGACUGGCCGCCAUGAGGCUGUGUCCACUGCUGCUGCUGCUGGGCCUGUGUACGGUCCUGGUCAGCUCCUCUUCUGCUCCUGAAAAAGAGGAGCCCACCCAGCAGACUUCUACCACAAUUCGCUCCGAAAAGAAACCGCCAGCAAGAAGAAUGUCUUUCGCGACUCGGCGCCAGCUGGCGCGCGCGCGCCGAAUUUUGGCGCGUGCUGAUAGCGUGCCACCGCGCGGAGUGGGAGUGGUCGCCCGCUCGGCAAGAGGGCGCGCCCGGGCCGGCGUCGCGCCGCGCUUCGGAGGAGUGGCGCCACGCUUCGGAAGGGCGCGAGCCUCGGCGCGCGCUGGCUCGGCGGUGGCGCGCGCGGGACCUUUUGGCGCCACCGCCGGCCGAACGACCACUUCUGGCGGGAGCGCCUCAUCCUCGAGUGGGCGAGGCGCCUUCGCCUCCGCCUCCUCUGGUGCCGCGUUCGCCUCUGCAGGAUCCGCCUUCGCCUCCGCAGGCAGCUCUGAGGAGUAUGACUACGACUAUGACUAUGACUAUGACUACGGCGGUUUUGGAGAGCUGCCUCCCGCCCGGCCGGCCCUGUCGUUCGCGAUCUUUGACGAUACAUCGGUGAAGUUCCACAGCAACACAAAGUCGCCGGCGGCGACGGUAUCCCCCUGCACCUGGGGAGUGGUCAACUGUUGCAGCAAUCCCGACGUAAGGGUCAGCCGAGUGAUGUGCUUUGAACGACACGGCUGUUUCGGCUCGUGGUUUGACGACCUCUGCACUCCUACAGUGAAGAAGGGCGUUUUCCAAGAAGUGUUUGGCACUAUUCAAGGAUAAUGCGUAAAAAAGGAAGGCACAAUACCUCUGAGGUCUUCAUAUAUUUCACUGAUA